CUAAAUAGUUAAGUGAAAAUAACAUUAUAAAUAAUGAAUGAAGAAAAUAGAAUUAGCGAAAAUAAAUACUAAGAAACUGCAUAAAAGUAGCACAAACAAUAAAAAAAUUAACACCAACAGCAAAAAUUGGUGGUUGCUGAAACAAAUCCUCUAAAAAUGAAGUAGGAUUAACAAUAACUAUCUUAUAGGAGUUCUACAGAUUUACUUCUUUAAUCUACUCUUUCUGAUAAACAAUAAGAACCCAUAUAAUUAAUGUUAUAAAUCGAAAAGUAGAAGAAGUAAAAGGUUAAUCAAGAUAGCGAUUUUGAAGAGGAAAAUGACGAAGAUCAUUUUUCUAAUGAAGAGAGUUCAAUCAUUAAUAGUUCAAAAUUUAAUGGAAAAAAAAUAUUUCAUAAAAAUCAAUCGUUAGAAUUAAAAGAAAAAGAUAGAAAUGCCAAAAGCGUAAUCACUCUUAAAAAAUCUGUUGACAUAAGUAGUUUCCUGCCUCCAGCUAACCCUCUUGCUCCUAAAAUUUAUUCUGAAGAUUUUAACAUAUACACUGCAAUUAAUAUUCAAUUCGAAAAGCUACCUAGCUUCAGUAAAUUUGGCAGAUAUUCGUUUGAAGAGCCUUUAGUUUCAAUUAAAUAAAUAGACUAAAUAUAAGAAAAAUUGAAUGGAGAAAAAGCUCGUACUCUGUUUGAGUAUCAUAAUUCAAUUAGGGAUAAAUUAGUUUACGAACGUCAUAGAAAUUUAAAUUUACUAUAAAAUCCUACUAGAAUUAAGGAUACUAUAUUUUUUUCAACAAUCCUUUGCAAGUUAAAUAAACUUAUUCGUUAAGACAAAAAAGUUUUUUUAUAGGAAAAGUUAAAAUAAGACUUUUAGAUAAGAAAUACCAUAAAAGAGAAUGCUUAGAGAAGAAAACACUCAGAUCUUUAUAAAAUAAAACAGAAAACAAAUGAUAUAAUAGCUAUAGAUAAUUAAAAUAUGAGUGCCUCUUAGUAAACACCUUCUAAUAAAUCAUAGCCAAAAUUGAAUUAAAACUCCUGCAAAAGCAACUAAUCAAUUAGCGAAAAUAAUACGGAAGUGAAUUAAAUAAAUGUUUCUUAAUAAAUACAAAAUUCUAAUUUAUCAAAUUGUAAUAUCUCUAACUCAAAUGUGAAUGUAAAUGAAAACGAAAUUGUUAAAUAAUCUUCUUGCAACCAAAUUAACAGCUUAAUAAUUUCUAGCAAGCCUAAUUCAGACCUUUAUGACUAAUAGUAAAAUCUCAAAAAAGAAAGUUUAAUAUUCUCUUCUGAAUUUGAGUCAGGUAACCUCUUUACAGCCUACUAAAUAUCUGAAAAUAACUACGAAUUAAUUUUAUAAAAUGACAUCAAUACCAAAGGAAAUACAUAAUGGUUCUUCUUCAAAGUCUAAAAUACUAAAAAGAACUAAACAGUCACUUUCACGAUCCUAAAUUUAAUUAAGAGUGGUUCCUUAUUUAAUGAUGGGUUAUGCCCUGCUGUUUUCAGUUAAAAGCGUAUGGAAGAAAGCGGAGCAGAAUGGGUAAGAGAGGGAUUUGAUAUCCGUUAUUACAAAAGUAAUAUUUACAGAGAUGGUUUUAGAAUGUCUAAAUUUUAUAGCUCUCUAACGUUUUCCUACACUUUCUAAUAUAAUUAGGAUACAGUUUAUUUUGCUCACUCGUAUCCUUAUACCUACUCAGAUUUAUAAGAUGAUUUAAAUAAAAUUAUGAAUGACAAAGAAAAAAGCUAACACAUCUCUAAAAAGAAUAUGUGCUUAACACUGUCUGGUAAUGUAUGUGAUUUACUUACUAUUACUAGCACUAGUGCAAAAAAAAGAGGAUGCAGAAAAGGAAUAGUUAUAUUUGCUCGUUAACACCCAGGAGAAACAGGAGGAUCAUAUAUGAUGAAAGGUGUAAUUGAUUUUCUUCUAGGAAAUUCUGUAGAAGCUGAAUUUUUAAGGGAUGCAUGCAUAUUUAAGAUUGUUCCAAUGGUAAAUCCUGAUGGAGUAAUUCAUGGAAACUAUAGAUGUGAUCUUGCCGGAGCUGACUUAAACAGGCGUUGGAAGAGACCCAAUAGAAAAUUGCAUCCAACAAUUUAUUCUUUGAAGGAAAUGAUAAAAAAAUUACAUUCGGAAAGAGAAACAAAACUUAUUUUAGAUUUGCAUGGUCACAGUCGAAAAAUGGAGGCAUUUUUUUAUGGCUGCAGCUACAGAGAAGAUCCUUUAAAAACCAGAAUUUUUCCCUACUUGCUGAGCAAAAUAAAUUCUAAAGUUAGCUUUGGAGAAUCAAGAUUCAGCAUGGAUUAAUACAAAGAAUCUACUGCAAGAAUAACUCUUUGGAAAGAAUUGAGAGCUCCUAAUGUAUUUUGCUUAGAAGCUUCUUUUUAUGGGUAUAAAAAAAGUGAAUAAAAGAUGACUUCUUAGUAAUAAAAAAAUAAUUUCAAUGCUAAAGAAGAAAAUGUAGAAAGUAUUUCUUAACUCAGACAAAAAGAAAACAAAGAGAUGCUUUUAAAUCCAAAAUAAAAUACAAGUAUUUCUUCUAAAGGAGUAAAAAAAGCAUACCAUUUUACAAUUUAAGAUUAUCUUGAUAUCGGAAGAGAUAUCUGCAUCAAUCUGUAUAAUUUAAUUUAGUAGGAAGCUGCACAGAAAGAAAAUAGCAGAGGUGCUUUUAUCAUCGACCAAAACUCAACUUUACACUCUUAGAUACAAGAAAUAGCUGAAAACAAAGAGCUUUUAGAAAGCGGUAAUAAAUCUGACUCAGGAUCAGACUCUAAUCCUUCAGAAGAUGAUUUAGAUGACGAAGAGUUGCUUGAUAUUAUUCCAAAAAAUGCUCUCUCGAAAAAAUAAAAAGAUAUAAUGAGUGAAAGACUCAAAAAGGAGAAAAUUGACAAAAAGAAAGCUAAAAAUUAAGUUGUUUAAGAAUAGCAAAAUGUGAAUUAACAAUAAGAAAUAAAAAGAAAGUAAACAAAUUAAAUGUAUUUGUAGAGAUACUUACAAAAGCAACAAGAAAAAUUAGCUAACAACAAGGGUAAACAAGUGUAAAAAAAAGACUAGGAGUAGCAGACAGAUUCUUCAUUUUUAUAUGACCUAUUCCUUUAUAUGGAAAAAAAGAAAUAAUUUUUAUAGGGUAACAGUACAUCAGAGAUCCAGAACCAAGCUCCGUAAUAGAGUGAUACAAAUAAUAUAUAAUAAGCACAGUAGCUUUCUCAAUAAGAAUAGCAACAAGACAUCAAUUAAGAUAAUAAAAUUUAUUCGCCUAGUUAAAAUUAGGUUUAACCUAAGAAUAGUGAUAAAAAUAGUGAAAAUAUUACUAAUCCACUUAAAGAUAAUCAAAUUCUUUAAUCACCUAUUUAAAACAAUUAAAUUAAAGAAUUCAACAAUAUCAACAAUAACAUAUACAACAAAGCACUUAGUAACUCGAUUAUUUCAAACUUAACGCAAAGCUAUUCAGCUUAAAAGCAAAUAAAUAUUUAGUAAAAUUAAGAUAACUCUCCUCUUGGUCCUAAGCAAUCAAUAAUAAGGCAUGAAGAAACUUAAAACUAAAAUAUAGAUAGGAAUCUCAACAAAUUUCAAGGAAUUAAAAAGGGAGGUAACCACUAUAGCUUUCAUAGCCAGAGAGUUAAAUCGCUUGACCAAACUAACAAGAAUAAUCUUAAUCCAUAAAACGUAAAGCAGGGAUAACAAAAUAUUUUAUCAGGAAAUAUUCCAAUAUUUUAGGAACCAAAAAAAUUAAUUUAAAGCAGAGGAUAGCAUAGUUAAAGAUUAUUUUAAAGAUCUCCUUAGUAGUAUGCUAUUAAUUCAUCAAAUUUACUUUCUAAAUUGCAAGAAAGCUAAUUAAAUUCUGAGUAAUCUCCGAUUUUAUUGAAAAAAAACAAUGAAUUUGGAGUGGAUAGGAAACGAGAAGCCUCCAUGAGUUUUUCUUAUGCAAACUCUACUGCUGCAACUAACUUACAGAAUACAAAUUAUGGGCAAAAAUCUUACUAUGGCUAAAUUGAGAAUAAUAUUUUAGAAGGUAAUAACAGAGGAGAUAGCAGCAGCAAAGAUAGCAAUUUAUUUACAAAUUAAAGAUAAAAUGCAAUUUAUAACUAAGAAUAUAAAAGUAGUCCAUUCAAUAACGUAAAACAAUCAGUUGAUAUAUCUUCGCUAAAAAGGAAUGAAAUAAAAAUAAAUUAGAAUAAAGACAUCAGUGAAGUAAGCAAAAUAAAAAUAAUUUCAAAUUAAAAGAGAUAAGAGCCUCAACAUUAUAGCUCAGUUGAUUUUAGCUAACUGUCAAAUAAUUAAAUUUAUAAAUAAUCUAUGUAAACAGUUCUUGAAAAUAUUGAGCUUCCAAAUAAAAACAAUCUACAUCAAAUGCAAUAAAUUCAAAUACCAUUUUAAUAAGAUCUUAGCAAUUCAUCAAAUGCACAAAGUGGUUUUUUACCUUCUAUAAGUUCACCUAAAUAAUCAAUUUAAAUAAUUAAUCAGCGUCAGCCUAGUGAGUAAUUUACAUAAUAAGUACAAAACUCACAAGUCUUUAAUAUAGGAAAAUAAAGCAAUAACUUCAACAGCACUUUAAACUUAGCGAUGGUGAAUUCCUUCAAAUCUACAAGCUAAUUUGUACUUAACCAAACUAGUACUAUGAUAAAAAGUAAUUUUUAAUACCCUUCUAAAGAUGGCAUCUGCAAGUCUUAGUCUGCAUAAGUUCUAUUGAAAGCAAAGUAACAAAUCUAAAGCAAGCAAAAGAAUUGA